AUGUCUGGCACUUUUCAUGGCGAAGGGCAUACACCCAUGUCGCCAUUUGAAGAUACGUUUCAAUUUGAAGAUAAUAGCAGUAACGAAGAUACACAUAUUGGGCCUACCCAUAUUGGUGAUGGUACACCAAGUUAUAAAUACAGCCGGCCACAGGUCAGCUUCAAUGACGAAGCACCGAAAAGUAAACGUGAAGACGCGGAAGAAUUUACAUUUAACGAUGACACAGAAUAUGACAACCAUUCCUUCCAGCCAACACCGAAACUUAAUAGUGGAUCUGGGACGUUUGAUGAUGUAGAACUAGACAAUGAUAAUGGUGAGCCACAUACUAACUACGAUGGUAUGAAACGAUUCCGGAUGGGUACAAAAAGGAAUAAAAAGGGAAACCCAAUAAUGGGGAGAUCUAAGACUCUAAAAUGGGCUAAGAAGAACAUUCCAAACCCGUUUGAAGAUUUUACAAAGGACGAUAUUGACCCUGGUGCCAUAAAUCGUGCGCAAGAACUAAGGACUGUAUAUUACAACAUGCCCUUACCAAAAAAUAUGAUAGAUGAAGAAGGCAACCCCAUUAUGCAGUAUCCCCGUAAUAAAAUCAGAACUACUAAAUAUACCCCGCUAACAUUCUUACCCAAAAACAUUCUAUUCCAGUUUCAUAAUUUUGCCAACGUUUAUUUCUUAGUUUUAAUUAUUUUAGGUGCAUUUCAAAUCUUUGGUGUCACAAACCCGGGUUUAAGUGCCGUUCCAUUAGUUGUCAUUGUUAUUAUCACCGCCAUUAAGGAUGCUAUUGAAGACUCGAGAAGAACCGUCUUAGAUUUAGAGGUGAACAAUACCAAGACACAUAUUUUAGAAGGUGUUGAUAACGAAAAUGUCUCAACGGACAAUAUAUCUUUGUGGAGAAAGUUUAAGAAAGCGAACUCUAGACUCCUCUUCAAGUUUAUACAGUACUGUAAAGAACAUUUAACUGAAGAAGGCAAAAAGAGGAGAAUGCAAAGAAAGCGUCAUGAACUAAGAGUGCAAAAAACUGUUGGAACAAGUGGACCCAGGUCCUCUCUAGACUCUAUUGAUAGUUACAGAAUAUCUGCAGAUUAUGGCCGUCCCUCAUUGGAUUACGAUAACUUGGAACAAGGCGCCGGUGAAGCCAAUAUAGUUGAUAGGUCCCUACCACCCAGAAUUGAUUGUAAGUUUGCUAAGAAUUAUUGGAAAAGUGUCAAAGUCGGUGACAUUGUUCGUAUCCAUAAUAAUGAUGAAAUUCCUGCUGACAUUAUCUUGCUUUCAACAUCGGAUACAGAUGGUGCGUGCUAUGUAGAAACCAAAAAUUUGGAUGGUGAAACAAACUUAAAGGUACGUCAAUCGUUGAAAUGUACCAAUACUAUAAGAACGUCAAAAGAUAUUGCUAGGACAAAAUUCUGGAUCGAAAGUGAGGGCCCUCACUCAAAUUUGUACACUUAUCAAGGUAAUAUGAAAUGGAGAAGCCUUGCAGAUGGCGAGAUACGAAAUGAGCCUAUUACUAUUAACAAUGUUCUACUUCGUGGCUGCACUCUCAGAAAUACUAAGUGGGCAAUGGGUGUGGUAAUGUUUACCGGUGAUGACACAAAAAUUAUGUUAAACUCUGGUAUUACACCCACCAAGAAAUCAAGAAUUUCAAGAGAGUUAAACUUUUCUGUGGUGAUCAAUUUUGUGCUACUUUUUAUCUUGUGUUUUGUUUCUGGUAUUGCAAAUGGUGUAUAUUACGACAAAAGAGGCAGAUCACGGUUUUCCUAUGAAUUUGGGACAAUUGCUGGGUCAGCGGCAACGAACGGCUUCGUCUCAUUUUGGGUCGCUGUUAUUCUUUAUCAAUCUUUGGUCCCAAUUUCAUUGUAUAUUUCUGUGGAGAUUAUCAAAACUGCACAGGCAGCCUUCAUUUACGGGGAUGUUUUACUUUACAAUGCCAAAUUGGAUUAUCCUUGUACGCCAAAAUCCUGGAAUAUUUCCGACGAUUUAGGCCAAGUGGAAUACAUAUUUUCUGAUAAAACAGGUACGUUAACACAAAAUGUAAUGGAGUUCAAAAAAUGUACCAUUAAUGGUGUUUCAUAUGGGAGGGCUUACACUGAAGCGUUAGCGGGCUUAAGAAAAAGACAGGGUAUAGAUGUCGAAACCGAAGGAAGGCGAGAGAAGGCCGAAAUCACCAAGGAUAGGGAUACAAUGAUCGAUGAACUGAGGGCUUUAUCGGGGAACUCACAGUUUUAUCCUGAAGAAGUUACUUUUGUAUCAAAGGAGUUCGUUCGCGAUUUGAAAGGCGCUAGUGGCGAAGUACAACGAAGAUGCUGUGAGCACUUUAUGCUAGCGUUAGCUUUGUGUCACUCUGUCCUGGUAGAAGCUAAUCCGGACGAUCCAAAAAAACUCGAUUUAAAGGCCCAAUCCCCUGAUGAAGCAGCGUUGGUAGCCACAGCUAGAGAUGUCGGGUUCAGUUUUGUUGGAAAAACCAAAAAGGGUGUAAUAAUUGAAAUGCAAGGUAUUCAAAAAGAAUUUGAAAUCCUAAAUAUUCUCGAAUUUAAUUCAUCGAGAAAAAGAAUGUCUUGUAUUGUCAAAAUUCCGGGUCUAAACCCAGGGGAUGAGCCGAAAGCACUUUUAAUUUGUAAAGGUGCAGAUUCCAUUAUAUACUCAAGGUUAAGUCGCCAGAGCGGUAGCAACAGUGAAGUAGUCCUAGAAAAGACUGCUUUGCAUUUAGAACAGUAUGCCACUGAAGGUUUAAGAACGUUAUGUAUAGCUCAAAGAGAAUUGAGUUGGUCUGAAUACGAGAAAUGGAAUGAAAAGUACGACAUUGCUGCUGCAUCAUUAGCCAAUAGAGAAGAUGAAUUAGAAGUUGUUGCAGAUUCUAUUGAACGCGAAUUGAUAUUAUUAGGCGGCACGGCUAUCGAAGAUCGUUUACAAGACGGUGUUCCGGAUUGUAUAGAAUUGCUUGCGCAGGCAGGAAUCAAACUAUGGGUUCUUACAGGUGAUAAAGUUGAAACAGCUAUAAACAUUGGAUUUUCUUGCAACCUUUUGAAUAAUGAAAUGGAAUUGUUAGUCAUUAAAACAACUGGUGAUGAUGUGAAAGAAUUCGGAUCAGAGCCAAGUGAAAUUGUGGAUGCUUUACUCUCCAAAUACUUGAAACAAUAUUUCGGCUUAAACGGCUCAGAAGAAGAGGUAUUUGAAGCAAAAAAAGAUCACGAAUUUCCAAAGGGUAAUUAUGCUGUCGUUAUUGAUGGUGAUGCUUUGAAGUUAGCGCUAUAUGGUGAAGAUAUAAGAAGAAAGUUUCUUUUACUCUGCAAGAAUUGUAGAGCUGUCUUAUGCUGUAGGGUUUCUCCAUCUCAAAAGGCAGCUGUUGUUAAGUUAGUCAAGGAUUCGCUAGAUGUUAUGACCCUGGCCAUUGGUGAUGGUUCCAACGAUGUUGCCAUGAUUCAAUCAGCAGACGUCGGUAUAGGUAUUGCCGGUGAAGAAGGUCGACAAGCUGUUAUGUGCUCGGACUACGCCAUUGGUCAAUUCAGAUACUUGGCGAGAUUAGUCCUCGUUCACGGUAGAUGGUCUUAUAAAAGAUUGGCAGAAAUGAUCCCCGAAUUUUUCUACAAAAACAUGAUCUUUGCUUUGGCAUUGUUCUGGUAUGGUAUCUAUAAUGAUUUUGAUGGGUCAUAUCUGUAUGAGUACACAUACAUGAUGUUCUACAAUUUGGCAUUCACAUCCUUACCAGUUAUCUUCUUAGGUAUUUUGGACCAGGAUGUGAACGACACAAUAUCAUUAGUGGUCCCUCAGUUAUACCGUGUUGGUAUUUUAAGAAAAGAAUGGAACCAAAGAAAGUUUUUAUGGUACAUGUUGGACGGAUUGUAUCAAUCUAUAAUCUGCUUUUUUUUCCCCUACUUGGUUUAUCACAAAAAUAUGAUAGUUACGAGCAAUGGGUUAGGAUUAGACCAUCGUUAUUUUGUCGGUGUUUAUGUGACAACUAUUGCCGUAAUUUCAUGUAACACAUAUGUUUUACUACACCAAUAUAGGUGGGAUUGGUUUAGUGGACUAUUCAUUGCACUAUCUUGUCUUGUAGUUUUUGCUUGGACAGGGAUAUGGUCUUCUGCAAUUGCGAGUAGAGAAUUUUUCAAAGCUGCAGCACGUAUCUAUGGAGCACCGUCAUUUUGGGCUGUUUUCUUUGUUGCCGUGUUGUUCUGCUUACUACCUCGUUUCACAUAUGACAGUUUUCAGAAAUUUUUCUAUCCAACGGAUGUGGAAAUAGUAAGAGAGAUGUGGCAACAUGGCCAUUUCGACCACUAUCCAGCCGGCUACGAUCCAACAGAUCCCAACAGACCUAAGGUCACAAAAGCUGGGCAACACGGAGAGAAGAUUAUAGAAGGUAUAGCGCUUUCCGACAACUUAGGAGGAUCCAACUAUUCAAGGGAUAGUGUCGUCACAGAAGAGAUUCCAAUGACGUUCAUGCACGGUGAAGAUGGAAGUCCUAGCGGAUAUCAGAAACAAGAAGCCUGGAUGACUUCGCCCAAGGAAACACAAGAUCUUCUUCAAUCGCCCCAAUUUCAGCAGACCCAAAAAUUCGGAGCCGGUCCAUCCACCAACGUCAGGUCAUCUUUGGACCGCACAAGAGAACAGAUGAUGGCCACACACCAACUAGACAACCGAUAUUCUAUCGAAAGAGCGAGAACAUCUCUAGACCUACCGGGCGUAACAAACGCAGCCUCCUUGAUCGAAACACAGCGGAAUAACUAA